AUGCAAUAUAAUAGAUGCAAUGCCUGCACAAAAUCACAACGCCGUUAUGGAAGGCUCAAUUUUUCCACCAACAAUGUUGACUUUGCAAAUAGAUCGCUCGUAUUCAGCUGUUCGUGUCAGAGUCCCAAGGUUUAUUUUGAUGAGGAUGAUGAGGAUGAUGAGGAUUACAGUGAAGAAGAGUGUUCGAUUGUUAUGCAUUCAUGUUCCUUUUGUGAUCAAGCCUUUGAUACAGCUACCGAGUUAUACUUUCAUACAGACAAUGCGCACACAAUGGCUAACUCCUUUGACAAUUGGGACUUUUACUCCAUGGUUGGAAACAGUAUUAUAGGAAAUCUGGACAAUUUUUACUAUGAUCAAUGUAAAUUAAACAAACUGUCAGAUCUUAUCGAUGCGCUACAAACAAAUGUUGAUAAAAUGAAAACAAUAACCCCGAUGGAAGAUUAA